CAAAAAGCAGCAUACGUUUCAGCUCAAAACUUACUAGUAAAAAAUCUAUACUGAAAGCAGAGCAAACACUCUUAUCUCUCUCUCUCUCUCUCUCUACUUUCUACAUGAGCGCCCCUUCACGGAAGCUCGGCGGCGAAGCCUCACCGCCGUCGCCGUCAAAAACGCCGGUGGAGACUCUGGACUCGGACUUCGUGGUAAUCCUGGCGGCUCUCCUCUGCGCCCUAAUCUGCGUGCUCGGGCUCGUGGCCGUGGCGCGGUGCGCGUGGAUCCGGCGGCUCUCAGGCUCAGCGCCGCCGUCGCAUCCGCGGAGGUCGGCGGCGAACAAAGGGCUGAAGAAGAAGGUGCUGAAGGCGCUGCCGAAGCAGACCUACGGCGAGGACGCGGAGCAGGCAGGGAAGCUGUCCGAGUGCGCCAUUUGCCUGGGGGACUUCGUGGCCGGAGAGGAAAUCCGCGUGCUGCCGCAGUGCGCACACGGAUUCCACGUCGGAUGCAUCGACACGUGGCUCGGGUCGCACUCCUCCUGCCCCUCCUGCCGCCAGAUUCUCGUGGUGGCGCGUUGCCACAAAUGCGGCAAUCUGCCGCCUGAUCAAAAUCACGUCAAUAGGUUUUUGCCUUAGAUUUAAUUUUUUAUAUCGAAAAAAUUAGGGAUUGCGAAUUUGAACGCUUACUGUUAGAAAUCGAAUUUUUUUCUCC